UGCUGGGUGUCCGUUUCCACCUGUUGCCCUGUACUUUAGUCCACCGCAGGGUGGCGCGCUUCCAAUGUCAGACAGGAAAGGACGGCUAUAAUAAGACCCGCUGUUUCGGGGCAUCUGCUGCGGUGCUCGGAUGCUCUGUGUGACUAUGAGCCGCUGCGGAGAGCAGUUUGGAGGCGGCGUGACGUUCCCUGCCCGCUCGACGUCCAGAAGUGGGACAUAAAUGACUCAAUAUCAGCUUGACUGAGAGGACUCUGAACCUGGAUCAAGAUGCACCAGCUGUUCAGCCAGGUGCUGAACCAGAGGGAUCUGUCCAGAGCAGGAGAUCUGUUCUCUCUAGAGGACUCUGACAUUGAGGAUUGCCUGUCUCAAGCUCUGGACCAGAUAAAGAACAUCUCCUGCUCACCGGACUACCUGACCAAUGACAAUGACCAAGCUGUGGUGGAGAUUUGCAUAACUCGCAUCACAACAGCCAUCAGGGAGACAGGCUCUGUGGAGCGACACAGCACUGCUCUGGUGGGACUGUGGGAGUCGUGUUUGGAGCAUAACCUCACCCCUCAAGGAGAAAACACAGAGGACACGCCGCAUGCAAAGAUAGCCUCUGACAUCACCAGCUGUAUACUGCAGAACUACAGCAGUCCCUCGGUCAUGGUGCUGGCUGUUCCGGUGGCGGUACGCUUCCUGCAGAGGGGCAACCGAGAGCUGAGCAGGAACAUGUCCAGCUAUCUCUCCCUUGCUGCCAUCGCCAAGGCGGAUCUGCUGGCUGAACACACUGAGGCCAUCGCGGUCAGUGUGCUUGAAGGAAACUACAUGCUGCUGCGAGUACUGCCCUCAGUCUACCCCAAAAGACCAGAGACCAUCCACCGUUACCUUGGUGACCUGACAGCAGUGAUGCCACAGCUGGAGCCCCCGGAACAACAGCACCUCAUUCGACUCAUUCAGGUGGUUGCAGAGCAACAUCCCAUCAUGUUGAGCAUGCACGUGCCUGCGCUGGUUAAUUACCUGAGCCUUCCCUGUCUGAGUGAGGCUCUGCUGGGGGCUCUGGUGGAGGUGUCCCAGGCCUGCCCCUCCUCACUGGUCAGCUUCCUUCCAGCCCUGAGAACGCUGGGACAGCGGUCCUCCGCUUACCUCGCAAAUGUCGCCAAAAUCCACGGAGCUGUAGGGAUCAUCAGUGAGAGUCAUGCUCACAGCUCUCUGCUCUACCUGGUGUGUCUUCUGGGGAGCAUGGAGCACAGCUUUCACCACACCCUGCUACUGGAGAUCAGGGCACUGACUGACCGAUACCCAUCUCUGCUGGGGGGCUGCGGGAAAGACAUCUACAGGAUGAGCAACUCAUUCACUGCAAUAGCCAAGCAGCUGGGAAGACGACUCGAGGACAGGACGGCUGCUGACUGCAGGCUGGAUGAGGCAUGUCUGUCUCCCUCUGCAUCUCAUUCUGCUGCUGGCGGAGCAGGAGGAGACAUUUUAGAGCAGAGGUUACAGGUGGAGAUCCAAAACGAGGAAGACAACUUGGCAGAGUUGGAGAAGGAGGUGUUGGCGGACUCCCCUGCUCCUCAGCGGCACUACAGCCUGAGCCAAGCUGUCAAAGAGGAGAGAAGAGAGAUGAGGUUUAACAGAUCAAAGAGCCUGGCUCUUCAUGAAGUUUGUUCACGCUCCAUAAACUCAGACGCUGGGGAGGACGGUGAAGGGGUGGAGUUCAGCACAGAAACAUCUAACCCUUUGCCCUGUCGACCCUCUGAAAACCAGGAAGUAUCUCCUACCGGGAGGAAACAGACAGGUGAUGGCGCCCCACCUGCUGCUGCUGCUGCUCAGUCCCACAAAGAAGCAGAGAAGUGUCAAAACGGAGAAGUAGAUGCAGAGCAGGUGGAAACGGAUAAACUCUUCCUCCAUUUAAGAGACAAUAUGGAGACAAUCAGAGAGUUCUGCAAAGACAUGGUGCAGCAGGUCCCCACACCUGACCAGUGUGUGAUUGAAGACUCCAGCGGAGGCUGCGUGGCAAAGCUGUCCUUCUCCUGCCCUCUCAAGGGCCACUACUGCCUCUACGCCAAAUCCAGCUUCCACCUGACCAGCCGACAACCCCACCUGUGGAUUCACAUCAUGCUGCUGCAUCUGCAGAGUAAAUCCAGCGUCCCUCUGUGCACCAGAGACGAGUCUAUUCAACAACUGGCCGCUCUUUGGGAGAAGACGCAGCUUAAGGGCUCCCACAGCUUCCUCAUGGCCAUGACCCAGCACAGCACCCCACACAGGAAGGAGCUGGAGAACCUUCAGAUCCAGCUGGAGGAGGUCCGAUUCUUUGACCUGUUUGGUUACAGGGAAGACCAGCGGAGCUGGCUCUGCUUCAUGUGCAACAACCCAGAGAAGGCCACAGUUGUGAACCAGGAAGGUCAACCUCUCAUUGAGGGGAAGCUGAAGGAGAAGCAGGUCCGCUGGAAGUUCAUCAAGCGCUGGAAGACCCACUACUUCACCCUGGCGGGAAAUCAGCUGCUUUUCCGCCGGGGCAAAUCGAAGGACGAGCUGGAGGAUUUUCCUAUUGAGCUGAGCAAAGUGCAGAGUGUCAAGGUGGUCACAAAAAAGCGCAGGGAUCGGGGUUUGCCGCGGGCCUUCGAGAUCUUCACCGACAGCAAGACGUACGUGCUGAAGGCGCAGGACGAGAAGCACACAGAGGAGUGGCUGCAGUGCAUCAAUGUGGCCGUGGCUCAGGCCAAAGAGAGGGAGAACAGAGAGGCUACCACCUACCUGUGAGAGCCACGUCCACACAGGUAGUUCCUCCCCUUUGUGGUGCUCAACAACGAUGGAGCAGGAUUGUUUAAACCAAGCAACAAUCCUGAAGAGAUGCAGGUUGGAAACCAAGACUCUGGAUGGACGAGCCCAACAAGUAUCAAGGGUUUUCAGUAUCUAUGCAGCAGAGAUCGGCGUUACAGUCGGCAAGGUUCACUAGACGGUCAAACUGAGUAAAUGGGAGUUUGUUUUUCUCGGAUUUCCACACAAACAGAAGCAGCAAAUGUUCAAACCUGGCAUUGACAACAACAGCUGAAAUCUUGGAAGGAUGAGAUCUGUUUCUGUAGAACCCAUGAUUUUGGUCGGUUUAAGAGAAACAAAAAUAAGUUUUGUGAUGAUCAGAUAAGGAGGGGCACUUUGUUUAGUUUUUAGGAGGAAAGCUUGUAAAGAAAUCUUUUAGUGCAACAGAAGGGAUUUUAUCUUCGUUACCGAGAGUUGGGGUGUAUUGACACUGGGAAAGUCAGUUGGUCCUGACCAGGUCUGCUUAAUUUGAUCCGGAUCAAUUCCUGAAGCUUGUAAACAAAACCACUUGACUAAAGAUCUCUUUAGUCAUUGGCCAGGAUUUAUGAGGGCGGGGCAAAGCAACCAGGGAAAAAUGAAUGGAAGUUCUGCGCUCUGCAGCCCUUGUCGGGAUAGUUCACUUGUUCAAACUGUACAUCUCACAGACUGAUUUUGACCCCAAGUACAACCCUCUUUAUUGCUUCUUUGGUUCAGUAGAAGAAUGCUGCAAGGAGGCCGAUAAGGGUCACUGAAAGGGUUUAUGACACAUAGAUUGUUGGGAAAACCGUGUGAAAAGCAAUGUUUGUCACGUUAAAAGUCGUUUUAAUGAGCCUGCAUUGAUCCGACCACAUUUCAAUGAGUCGCUGUCUCAAAGUUGUUCCACAUUUGUCUCCUGCUCAUGCUUUCUGCCUUCCUACCCUGUUUACGUUCCACAAUGCCCGGCUACGGUGGCCGGUUUGGUUCAGUUGUUCCGCUCUGAGCACGGAACAUAUUCAGACAGAGGAAUCUCAGAGCGAACCGAAGCUCAGUCCGAUUGGAAACAACCAAAGACCACCUCCAAAGAUGGGUCAGAGAGCGGUUCCUGGUCCCGGACCAGGGUC